AAGUAGCCACAUUCACUCUGUCACUUUUGAUUGAAUCGGUCACAUCUGAAAAAACUUCAAAGCGAUAAGUUUUUUUUGUUUGAAAGAUAUUCAAGAUGAGGUUAUGCAUAUUGCUGGCUGUCGUGGCCUUUGUCGGCCUCUCGCUGGGCGAGGAGAAGAAAGAAAAAGACAAGAAGCUCGGAACUGUGAUCGGAAUUGAUUUGGGAACCACAUACUCCUGUGUUGGUGUUUACAAGAAUGGGCGCGUUCAGAUCAUCGCCAACGACCAGGGUAACCGUAUCACGCCCUCGUACGUAGCCUUUACCGCCGACGGUGAGCGUCUGAUCGGUGAUGCCGCCAAGAAUCAGUUGACCACCAAUCCCGAGAACACCGUCUUCCAUGCCAAGCGUCUGAUUGGACGCGAAUGGUCCGACACCAAUGUCCAACACGACAUCAAGUUCUUCCCCUUCAAGGUCGUCGAAAAGAACUGGAAGCCCCACAUCAGCGUGAACACCUCCCAGGGCGCCGAGGUCUUUGCUCCCGAGGAAAUCUCCGCCAUGGUUCUUGGCAAGAUGAAGGAAACCGCUGAGGCCUAUCUGGCGAAGAAGGUCACCCACGCUGUCGUGACUGUCCCGGCUUACUUCAAUGAUGCCCAGCGUCAGGCUACCAAGGAUGCUGGUGUGAUUGCCGGUCUCCAGGUGCUCCGUAUCAUCAACGAGCCCACAGCUGCUGCCAUUGCUUACGGUCUGAACAAGAAGGAGGGCGAAAAGAAUGUGCUGGUCUUCGAUUUGGGCGGCGGCACCUUCGAUGUCUCCCUGCUGAACAUUGACAACGGUGUGUUUGAGGUGGUGGCCACCAACGGUGACACCCAUUUGGGUGGUGAGGACUUCGAUCAGCGCGUUAUUGAUCACUUCAUCAAGCUGUACAAGAAGAAGAAGGGCAAGGAUAUCCGCAAGAACAACCGUGCUGUCCAGAAGCUGCGUCGUGAGGUCGAGAAGGCCAAGCGUGCUCUGUCCGGAUCCCAUCAGGUGCGCAUCGAAAUCGAAUCAUUCUUCCAGGGCGAUGACUUCUCCGAGACCCUAACCCGUGCCAAGUUCGAGGAGCUGAACCUGGACCUGUUCCGCUCCACCCUGAAGCCAAUGCAGAAGGUGCUCGAGGACGCCGACAUGAACAAGAAGGACUUGGACGAGAUUGUGCUGGUCGGUGGCUCCACUCGUAUCCCCAAGGUGCAGCAACUGGUCAUGGAAUUCUUCGGCGACAAGGAUCCAUCCCGAGGCAUCAAUCCCGAUGAGGCUGUCGCUUUCGGUGCCGCCGUCCACGCUGGAGUGCUCUCCGGUGAACAGAAUAACGAUGUUAUUGUCCUCCUCGACGUCAAUCCUCUGACCAUGGGAGUCGAGACUGUCGGCGGUGUGAUGACCAAACUGAUUCCCCGCAACACUGUCAUCCCCACCAAGAAAUCCAAGUUAUUCACCACCACUAUCGACAACCAGAACAAGGCCACCGUCCAGGUGUACGAGGGCGAGCGCCCCAUGACCAAGGACAACCAUUUCCUGGGCAAGUUCGAUCUGACUGGCAUUCCACCCGCAACUCGUGGUAUUCCCCAGAUCGAGGUCUCCUUCAAAAUCGACGCCAACGGUAUCCUGCAGGUCAGUGCCAAGGACAAGGGCACCGGCAACAAGAAAAAGAUCAUCACCAACGACCAGAACCGUCUGACUCCCGCGGACAUUGAUCGCAUGAUCCGCGAUGCCGAGAAGUUCGCUGAAGAAGACAAAAAGCUCAAGGAGCGCGUAGAUUCCCGCAACGAGCUGGAGUCCUAUGCCUACAGCCUGAAGAACCAGAUCGGCGACAAGGACAAGCUGGGCUCCAAACUCUCCGACGAGGAGAAAACCAUGCUGAAGUCGGCCAUCGAUGAGUUCAUCAAGUGGCUGGAACAGAAUCCCGAUGCCGAUACCGAGGAGUACAAGAAACAGAAGAAGGACCUCGAGGCUAUUGUCCAGCCGGUGAUCGCUAAGCUGUACCAGGGUGCCUGUGGUGCUCCACCACCAGAGGGCGCUGAUGGUGAUAAACUCAAGGAUGAGCUGUAA